CGCGCACACGUCCUCUUCGCCCCGCGAGAGGCGCAGGUGUCUGAAGCCGUGCUAGUGGCAUCUGGUGCAACUGCUGCUUCAGGCUCUUCUAUUUUCUUUUCGUCUUCUUUCCCUUCUUCACCCCGCUCCUUGGAAUAGAUUACUCCACCCUGUCUCACCAAUUUUUAGUUUCCUGAUUUUCUCCAUGAACUUCAAGUCACCAGGCAAUCCAUGUACAUUGCUUCUCCUCUUGUCUUCCUCCCCAACCAGAAAGCCUGGACCUACGGCAGAGCCUUAUGCUGCUCUGUGAGAGCUGCUCCAUGCAGAGCCCCUCAGAGCCUCCUUUCAUAGCUGGGCCUUCUCAUCUGUGGACUAUAAAAAUUAGGCUGAAAAUGGAAAACCAAGAACCAAUGGAUUCUUCUCGGAAUACCAAAGAGCGUGUUAUUUCAGAGGAGUUAAUUACAGAAGGAAAAUGGGUCAAGCUUGAAAAAACAACUUACAUGGAUCCUACUGGUAAAACUAGAACUUGGGAAACAGUGAAACGUACAACCAGGAAGGGGCAGUCUGCUGAUGGCGUAGCAGUCAUCCCAGUGCUGCAAAGGACUCUUCAUUAUGAGUGUGUCGUUCUAGUGAAGCAGUUCCGACCACCAGUGGGUGGCUACUGCUUAGAGUUCCCUGCAGGUCUCAUUGAUGACAAUGAGAGUCCAGAAGCAGCUGCACUUCGAGAAUUAGAAGAAGAAACUGGGUAUAAAGGCGAUGUUGCUGAAUGUUCCCCAGCUGUAUGUAUGGACCCAGGCUUGUCGAAUUGUACCACACAUAUUGUGACAGUGACAAUCAAUGGAGAUGAUGCAGAAAAUGUAAGACCGAAGCCAAAACCAGGGGAUGGAGAAUUUGUGGAGGUAAUUUCUUUACCAAAGAAUGACCUGCUGAAUAGACUUGAUGCACUGGUAGCUGAAGAACACCUUACAGUGGAUGCCAGAGUCUACUCCUAUGCUCUGGCGCUGAAACAUGCAACCACGAAGCCAUUUGAAGUUCCUUUCCUGAAAUUUUAAGGCUAAAGAGAACACUGGCUAUGUUUUUGUAAAUGAGACUACCAGGCCUUCAUCACAAAGACUGUAUUCAACUUAAUGUAGAUCUGAAAUUAGCUUUUUGAUAAAAUAAAAGCAGCACAGAAUGCA